CAGCGGAAGUGUGGCUAGCCUGCUUGCUAGCUUAGCUUAUUUUAGCUUAGUUUAGCUUAUUUUAGCUUUUUAGCUAAGCUUAGCUUAGCUUAGCGCGAAACGCCAUUCGGAUGCCACUUGAGCCAGCACAACUUAGCCAACGAGCUGAGUAAGCUAGUAACCGACAAAAGAGUGGAGAUAAGAGCCAAAAAGAAGAGAUGCCUCAGAAACAGAAAUCCCGAUCCUGGACGGAGCUGAAACAAGCCGGAAAUGAAUGUUUCAAGACGGGCCAGUAUGGCGAGGCCACCAAUCUUUACAGCCAGGCGAUCAAAGAGCUGGAGAAGUCCAGUAAAAAGAAUCCAGAGGAUUUGGGCAUUUUGUACUCAAAUCGUGCAGCCAGCUACUUGAAGGAUGGAAACUGUGGGGAAUGUGUUAAAGACUGCAACAUGUCUCUGGAGUUAUAUCCGUUCAAUGUGAAGUCUCUGCUUCGUCGUGCCGCUGCCUAUGAAGCUCUGGAGCGAUACAGGCAGGCUUACGUAGACUACAAGACCGCUCUGCAGAUCGACUGCAACAUAGCAGCUGCUCACGACGGCACCAACAGGAUGACAAAGGCGCUCACAGAGGCAGACGGUCCCUCGUGGAGAGAGAAGCUUCCUCCUAUCCCCACUGUUCCUCUGUCCGUCAGAGAGAAACUGGCCCAGCAAACUACAGCCAACGCUGCUAAACCAAACCCAGCACCGCAACAGAACGGCACCAGGCAAGCAAAACAAACUGCUCCCAAUGAUAAAGACGUAAAGAAAGGCCAGGCCCUGAAAGAGGAAGGGAACGCUCUGGUGAAGAAGGGAGAGCAUAAGAAGGCCAUAGAGAAGUACAGCCAGAGCCUCAAACACAACCCCACUGAGGUCACAACCUACACCAACCGGGCGUUGUGUUACCUGUCAGUGAAGCAGUACAGAGACGCCGUCAGAGACUGUGACGAGGCUCUGAUGAUUGACAGCAGCAGCAUCAAGGCUCUCUACAGGAGGGCUCAGGCUCACAAGGAACUCAAGGACAUUAAAGCCUGUGUGGACGACCUGAACAGCCUGCUCAAAGUGGAACCAAAGAACACAGCCGCCCUGAAGCUGCUGCAGGAGGUGCAGAAGAAGAAGUGAGCGCACAUCGUCGGGGACUCUGGAGACAGUGGUAAGGAUCUGUCACUGCACUGAGUACAGAGGAGAGAGGAGGACAAAUCGUUGAUGUUUCUAUUAGUCAGGCGACAGAAAGCAAUCAAGCAGUGACACGGUUCAACCACUGUAAGUCAAACGCCGGGUGUGUGUUUCCCAAAAGCUCCUUUACCCUGAACACGUGUUUGGUCCGUUUACUGUCCCUGGAACAAACAUAAGCUCGGUCUUGAGACGCUUCUGGAAAAUGCAGCUCUGGUUGGUGGUUGGAGCCGAGGGUGUAUCAGGAAGAUCAGGCGCUGCCAUUUUCAGCCUCGGGAAUGUCUGUAUUUUUCCACUUUUACUUUGAAAGCUAAAAUUACUGACGCGCACACACACACACACAGACACACACACACACACAGACACACACAUCAUAAUUCUGGCAAUAAACCUUUACCAUCAUCAUUUGUAAAAAAAAUAAAUAAGGUUGAGCAGGUGACAUCGAUCAGCGCGUGACAAAUAAUUUCAACUCAAGGUCCGCUAGCUAGCUUUUUCAGAGUUUUCAGUUUUCUGCCGUCUUCAACAUUCACGUCCGACGCUGACAACAACCGUCUUUGAACAGGGAUGAUCACAUACAACCACCUGUUAGGUCACACGAGCCACUUCCAUUUGCUGAUGAAGACCGUCACCGUGUCCCAAAUCCAUACCACAUUCUAAUUCUAUAGAGUAUUUACUGCAUACUAAUUGUCAUGGCAAGCUGUUUUAGCAGUUAAGUUUUUUUUGUGUGUUAACGGCUUUGUGACAGUAGGAGGUGACACCAUAAUACAUCCAAUAUCACCUCCAGUUUACAGACACAAAGCGAAAUGUCUCAAGAUGAAAGAUUUUGUUUUGUUGUUGUUUCCUAAGACCUUUCUGUGAGCAGCUAAGCCAUGUCCUUCGUGGAUUUGACUGAGGGAGAACAGUGUCCCUCAGCAGCAGGCUCCAGACUUAACCACAUUUCGGAUGCGUUCUGUCCGGUCGGAGCGUACUGUCGGUAGAGUCAGCGUGUUGUUUGGAUUCGGGGCGAAGCGCGGGAGAUGCCGUUGAAUGCUCCAAAAAGCUACAGAGUAGGGCCUCGAGUUGACGUUAUUUAGUCGCUCUAAAAACACACGGCGUGCGCGGUCACGUUAAACAACCCUCGGUCUGGCUGCGAUUCCUCUUGAUUAGGGCAGCAAUUAGCAGUUACUUUAAAGAUCGCUGUCAGAAAAAUAUCCCGGAUACCCGAGGUAACGUCUUCAGCUCGAUAGUUCUGUCCAACAAUCAGUCCAACACCCAAAGACAUUAAUCUUAUCGUCGCAUACAACAGAAUAAAGUAGUAAAUUCUUAGAUUUGAGAAGCUGAAACCGAAGAAUGUUUGGAGGUUGUUGCUUAAAAAAUUACAUAAACUAUUAAUUAUUAAAAUAGGUGCAGAUCUUUUUUUUUUUCCUACAUCCACUAAUCAGACCAGCUCCACUCCUGCUAUUUAAAACUAUUAUCAGCUUUAUCCAUAUUGAAGUUCACUUCAGAGGUAAAUCCACUCACAUAUCUAAACAUUGGUGAUCAUAAAGGUUUAUUCUGUAUUUGACUUAAAAGCAAACGGCCAUUUUUUUUCCACAUAAUGUUCUACACUCAGGUAGUUUACUUAUUUAUCCUGUGCUUGGUUUUCUGAGGCUCGGAGAACAUGCGAAUGUGUGUCUUUCUCAGCGGGUCGAUGUUUUUUGUUCACGCUGCGUUCACGUCAUAUGGGGCGGAGGGAAGAGGUGGGGAAGACUCAUGGGCACGUCACGGUUGUGUGAGGGUUAAAAAUACCCUUCAUUGGCAUUGUAAAUAAAGCACCGUGGAGAUUAAAUUUGGCGCCUCAUUACCUUUUCACGCACUUCUGGAUCAUUAAGUGGCAAAUUGGAUACAUCAGCUUUUGGAAAAAUCUGAGUUUCUUAUUUGUAAUCACGACUUGGAUCUUCAUGUGAUCCCCGUUCACAAAUCAGAAACUGGUCAUCAUGAAACUCCCGACAUGACAUGAACGCAGCAUCAGUCUUUUGUCAUUUGCGUAGUUUGUACAUGAGUUUCGAAGCGUUUCCCACCAAACACAACCAGUGAGGCUUUGGUAGCAGCAGUGCCGCCGUCACACCCAGAGCCUGUUGGAUACAACAGGACACGUUCUUACCCGCUUUCCUGCCUCGUUUCAGACGUCUGAAAUGCGACAACAGGAGUUUAUGUGUUUGCUUAUUACCAGUGGGAUCAAAGCAUCAGUUUGUUCCCUUUCUGUUUGAAGGACGAACAUGUGAACCAAGUAAUACUACCUUCGGACGGGUCUUCAUAUACUACGUACUGUCUCAUUCUGUGAUCUCGUUUUUUUCCAGUUAUCUCAACGUAUUAUUGUGAAACCUCUAACUGAUCCAACUGUAGCUUGGCGAUCUCCAUCUUGCCCAAAAGUGCCUGUCCACAUCUUUCACCUGCUGCUCUGGAAUAGUUUCUGCAGCUAAAAUGUAAAACAUCAGUUUCCGUUUGAAAAACAAAAAAAAAAAACACGAACCUCCCAAUAUGUGUAUCAUGCCGGGAACGUUUGUGAAACGCAUCCACGCUUGUUCGUGUUUGCACAGGUAGAGCCAGGAAGCUGCACAGUGUGGCCACAGCGAUUCUCUGUCUCACUUUUAUCACAUUUCUGCUGUUGUUGUAAUUUGUUUAUAUUGGUUUAGUCAACCUGCUUCUGUUUUAACUGCAAAUAAACGUUAAUAAAUGAAAAGA